AUGCGGCGAGCUGCUGCCACUGCUGUGCGAACAGCGCUUUCUGCGCGACCGCCUGCGACACGAACAGCGCCCGUCGCCGUCCCACUCCCCCGCCAGUUCUCCUCAUCGUCGACCUCGCACUUCUUCUUCAGGCGACCGCAGAAGACGCGAUCGCAGCUCAGGCAGGAGCUACUCGAUGCUGCGGCACGGGGUCAGCCGGAAGUGGUCGGCAAGCUGUACCCUCAGUUCGCUCAGCUCGCCCAUCCCUCGACCGACUCGUCUGAACGACCACGACUCUGGCGGAAAGAAGCGCAGGCCCUGCUGCGACUAGUUGCACAGGCAGGACAUUUCGGCACCGCUCUGCGCAUCUUCAACGACCUCGAAGCGCUGUACGACUCGCCGCCUCAACUCGCCGAACACCAGCUCCUCCUUCUCGCUAUGGUCAACUCGAACCGGCAUUCCAAGGCCGUCGAGUGGGUCGAGUCGCUGGAGAGCUCGUACGGGCUGCGGCCAGAGCCGUCAGAGUGGAACGUCGUCUUGCAGGGAUUCAGGCAGCAAGGGGAUGUCGAGGGCAUGCUGGACGUCGUGCGGCGCAUGCGGUCUAGCGGGGCGUCGCCCGACCUCGUUACGUACAACACGUUGAUUGCGGGGCUACUUGCGGCGCGGCGGCUCGAUUUGGCUCGCGCGUCCGUCCAAGAAAUGGAGGCGGAAGGCGUUCAGCCGGAUUUGAUGACCAGCACAACGCUCCUCGUCGGCUUCCUCGACGCAGGCGAGCUUGCAUCAGCACGGGAGGUCCACGACCGUCUCCUCGAAACGGCGGGGCUGCCCAAUCGGCUGUCGUCGAAGGGCAAGGGGAAGGAGUCGUAUCGGGAGGAUCAGCCGCCAGCCGAGGUCGACGUCCCCGUCGUCAAUGCGUUGGUGCGAUACGAGACUGUCGUCAACGGUCUCGACGCGGCUCUGUCGUUUGCUGAGCGGUGUCGCGAUAACGGCGUCCCGCUGGACGGCUACACGAUCAACACGCUCGUCAAGGCCGGCGUGCGCGAGAUCCGUUCGGCAGAUGGCGGAGCUCGCCUCGUCGAGCGUCUCGAGGACAUCACGGGUGCACAGUCAGAUCGACGAACGUGGUCGGUCCUGGUCUCGCAUCUCGCACGAGGCGGAAGCGACGUUGACGAGGCCCUCAAGCUCUACUACAUGGCGAGAGAUCGCUUCGUCGAACCCGAUUCGGCGAUGGUCCAGCCAUUGCUCGACGCGCUCCUCAAGCCUGCACCAUCUGCCGAGACGCUCGCGCAGGCAAAGGUGCUGUACGAGGAUCUCGUCUCGGGCGCGUGUUCAUACCGCAACAAGCCCGACUCGAGCAUCUUUGCCACGCUUCUCCGCGCGUGUGCUCAUCAGGACUGCACCGACCUCGACUGGUCGCUCUCGCUGGUGCAGGACAUGCGGGAUCGGUCGGUCCGACUAGACCCGCUCUCGGUCGGCUGGCAUAUCGUCGCGAUGAUGCGGGCGGCACCUUCGUUCGAAGAUGCGUUCAAGGCGUACGACGAGAUGCGCGCGCUCGACCCGUCGGCCCUCGACGCCAAAGCCUACAACACCAUCCUUCACGCCUUCACCACCCUUCGAGCCGACACGGGCGAUGCUGCGCCGUCUGCGUACAUCAACGAGUUCCUCUCCGACAUGAUCCGGUCCGGCCACCCUCCUGAGUCGGCGACCUACUCCCUCCUCCUCCAGCACUACUCGCGCAUCGCGGAGCCGUCUCUCGAGAUGAUCAAGCAGCUUCACUCGCGCAUCAAGCUCGACGCCAGCUUUGAUCCCGACACGCCGCUCUUCAAUUCGCUCAUGGACGCCUACUCGCGCGUCGGCGCCUUCGACCGCGCCUACGGCGUGUGGGACUCGAUGCUGCUCAAUCUCUCCGGCCGCAUCAAGCCGGACCAAAUCUCCGUCUCGAUCCUGCUCGACACCUGCGGGCGAGACGGGUACAUGGGCGGCAGGCAGCGCGGGAUGCGGCUCUGGCAGGACCUCGAACGCGGGACGUUGCCGGUCGUGCGGAACUACAAGAUCUGGGAGAGUUGGGUCGAGGCGUUGUGUCGAUGGGGAAUGUUCAACGAGGCGGAGAAGGUCGUGUUCGAGGAGAUGGGCAGGCCGCCAGCGAACGCGGUGGGAACGGGUGCGCAGGUCGCGCCGAAACCGACGAUCGCGACGGUCGAGAUGUUGCUGAAGUUUGCGCGGUGGACGACCCGCGACGGCGAGGAGCGGGCGCGAGUAACGGCGGGGCGGAUCAAGGCGGAGCUGCCGGAGCUGUGGGAGCAGUUGCCUGCGAGCGCGAAGUCGCUGGGCCGGCCGCAGGAGCAGCAGGUGGAAGGCGGAGGAGCAGACGUAUCGAGCUAG